GGCGGCUGGGCAGCCAACAUGGCGGCGGCGGCGGCGGCGGGCCCGGAGAUGGUCCGCGGGCAGGUGUUCGACGUGGGGCCGCGCUACACCAACCUCUCGUACAUCGGAGAAGGCGCCUACGGCAUGGUCUGCUCUGCUUAUGAUAAUAUCAACAAAGUUCGAGUUGCUAUCAAGAAAAUCAGUCCUUUUGAGCACCAGACCUACUGCCAGAGAACUCUAAGAGAGAUAAAAAUCUUACUGCGCUUCAGACAUGAGAACAUCAUCGGCAUCAAUGACAUCAUCCGUGCACCAACCAUUGAGCAAAUGAAAGAUGUAUACAUAGUGCAGGACCUCAUGGAGACAGACCUGUACAAGCUCUUGAAGACACAGCACCUCAGCAAUGACCAUAUCUGCUAUUUUCUUUAUCAGAUCCUGAGAGGAUUAAAAUAUAUCCAUUCAGCUAAUGUUCUGCAUCGUGACCUCAAGCCUUCCAACCUCCUGCUGAACACCACUUGUGAUCUCAAGAUUUGUGACUUUGGCCUUGCCCGCGUUGCAGAUCCAGAUCAUGAUCACACAGGGUUCUUGACAGAGUACGUAGCCACACGUUGGUACAGAGCUCCAGAAAUUAUGUUGAAUUCCAAGGGUUAUACCAAGUCCAUUGAUAUUUGGUCAGUGGGCUGCAUCCUGGCAGAGAUGCUAUCGAACAGGCCUAUCUUCCCAGGAAAGCAUUACCUGGACCAGCUGAAUCACAUCCUGGGUAUUCUUGGAUCUCCAUCACAGGAAGAUCUGAAUUGUAUAAUAAAUUUAAAAGCUAGAAACUACUUGCUUUCUCUCCCGCACAAAAACAAGGUGCCAUGGAACAGGCUGUUCCCAAAUGCUGACUCCAAAGCUCUUGACUUACUGGAUAAAAUGUUGACAUUUAACCCUCACAAGAGGAUUGAAGUUGAACAGGCUCUGGCCCAUCCAUACCUGGAGCAGUACUAUGACCCAAGUGAUGAGGCCCUUGGUGUUUGCCUCAGAAGAGUUCCUCCAGGUCACCUACAGCAGUUGGUAGAGCAGUGCAUGUACAGAGGAGGACAGCUGCACCACUGUGGAGCAUGGAAAGAGGGAGGAGGAAGCAGGUUCAAGCCCAUUGCUGAAGCGCCAUUCAAGUUUGACAUGGAGCUGGAUGACUUGCCUAAGGAGAAGCUCAAAGAACUCAUUUUUGAAGAGACUGCUAGAUUCCAGCCAGGAUACAGAUCUUAAUUUGGUCAGGACAAGGGCUCAGAGGACUGGACGUGCUCAGAUGUCGGUGUUCCUCCCAGUUCUUGACCCCUGGUCCUGUCUCCAGCCUGUCUCAGCUUACCCACUCCGACUCCUUUGAGCCGUUCGAGGGGCAGUUUCUGGUAGUAGUGGCUUUUAUACUUUCACAGAAUCCCUUCAGU